GGGCACCAAGCCACUCCAAAUCUGGUAUCGUCCAAAAGCUCAACAAUUUCAGUGCUGAAAUUGCGAUGUUAUCAAUGUAAUCAACCGUAUCAGUGUGGACAUGGUGUCUGUUAUGGAGAUCUUUGCGUGAAAACUUCAAUAUCACAAAACAACGCGUAUGUCAGCAAAGGGUUCUUUUUGGAUGUUCAAUUCAAUUUGACUUUGGCUUAA